AUGCCGAGCAACACAGAUACCAGCUUCCUCCUGUCGAGGCCCCCACCAUACGGGCCAUUGCCCCAAACCACCAGCACUCCAUUCGAUCCGACGUCCAUUUUCACCAACACAAACAAAGCCGUCAGCGAAGUAGCCAACACACAGAUGAAAAUCGGCCUCGGCGUGGGAAUAUCAGUCGCUAGCCUGCUCACAAUAGCGUUGGUGUGGGUUCUGCUGCGGCGGCGGAGGCGCAACCCCCUUGGCCAGAACGACAAUAACAUCAUUGUUCACAAUUACAAUGGCGAGUACGGCUUUGCCGCGAAGAGCGAACUACCAGCCGAGUCAACUCCCGUGACGACGCACCCUACCACCGCCUCGCCCGCCAAGGUAUACCAGCCCCUAUUGUCGGUUGAGAUGGACGGGGCGAUGACGCCAGAGAUGGGCGGAACCAGGACGCCAGAGAUGGAAGCUGGAUCUCUGCCGCCACAGAAGCAUUGGCAGAGACAUGAGCUUGGCUAG